AUGGACAUAGGAAUUUUUAUAAGGUAUGUGUUUUUAUUGAGAGAUCAAUCAUCUGUACAAGGUUUGGAAGAAAAUGUUAAUUUUUUAAGUCUACUUUUAAACAAUUCUGAAUUGGUAAUAGAAUGGUGGAUAUUGAAAAAAAAUAUAGAUGAUAGUUAUUCUACUAAUUCAACUGAUGAUUACCCAAUUUAUAAAAUUAUGGACUUUAAAAAGAAAAUUAAUAUGAAAUCUAAUGAAAAUAAUGACGAAUAUCAAAAUCGUCAGAUUAUAUUAAUGAAUGACAAUGAAAUUAAAGAAAUAUUCGAAAAUUGUAUCAAUUUGCUCAAUGAACAAUCAAAUUGCAAUGAAAAAGAACUUCUUAAAAAAUUAAAAGAUUUAAUUUUCUCAAAAGUACAAAGAUCUGAAUUACAACCUGGUUUUUUCUCCAAAAAUUCAGAAAUUGAUUUUAUGAGUCUAUUAAAUAAUUUAGAAAGUCAAUCUAGCAGAUCUUAG